AUGUCUUUGACAUGUAUUGGAUGUGGUUUUUCUUACAAUUCGUAUGGUUUGCUUGCUGAGCAUUUGAAAAAUGUGGUUGCUGAUCUUUAUCAUCAACAACAAACGUUUGUUUGUGCUUGUAAUAGCAAUCUAUUAUUCAAUAUACAACAAUAUAUUAGACAUUUGGCUUUGGAGCACGAGAGUUCUUAUGAAGGUACGUUUUUGUUAAGUUCAUUGCUUGUUUUGUGUUUAGAACAUUCUUUUUCGUACAUAUUUGGUGUAUUAUUUUCAUUUCUUCAGGUUCAUCAAGCCGUCAUGAAAGCAAACUUGUCUAUUCAUGUUCAGUAUGCUCACGAGAGUUCUCUGAUAAAAGUAACAUGAGAAAACAUGCUAAAUUACACACUGGUAAGUAAUGUUUCAUUUUUUUGCAAUAGGAUAAUAUCAACUUUUUAAAAGCUAGUUGAAUUGCAAUUUUUUGCAUCUUCAUAUCCAUUUUAGGUGAAAAACCAUAUGAAUGUGAAGUUUGUCAUCAUAAAUUUGCGAAACGAUCGAAUUUAACUCAACAUUUGUCAAUGCAUCAACGCUCCUCGACUGAUGUGUUCAAAUGUGCAAUUUGUGAUAAAGAUUAUUUUUCAAAAUCAGCUUUGAAACUUCAUUUUCGUGUUCAUACCAAUGAAAAUCCAUUCAGAUGUGCAAGGAUAGAUUGUGAUAUGGCUUUUAGGUAUGGUUUUUAGUUUGUUAUUCUACGUUUUUAGGGAGAAGAAUAGUGGUAAAAUACAGUUCUUUGCAUUAACAUGUCUAAUUAAGAUUCGACACGUUUUUUUGGCUUUUUAACUAAAUUGUUAGCUUUAGCUCAAAGUUCUAGUUAAAACACAUGCUUUAUAAGAUAAAAAACCUAUUUAUUUCUUUCAGAACUCGAAAACUAUUGAAUUCUCACGUAAGGAAGCUUCAUUCCUCCGUAGCAACCACAAAUCAACGAUGUUAUUCUCCGGAUUCGGCUCAGAAAGUUGUGAGGCGUAUAGCCGAGUUGAGCGGAUCCAAAAUAUCCGAGGAUCCUCCACUUAAAGCUUCAGCAACCUCAGCUUUUCAACGGGUAUCCAGUGGGGAUUCUCCUUUAUGGAAUUCGUCACGAAACCGUCUUCAACGUCGGGCUUCUGAAACCAUUCCACCGACUUCACAAAUGAUACGAUUCAACAGUAGCGUUGAUAUCUAA